AUGGAAGGAACUACUCCGGCCAUUUCAGCUCCUCCUUUUAGAGUCCAGUACUCAUCAUCACCUUCCAUGGCUCGAUCGCCAUUUCUCGAUUAUUCCGUCCUGAAAACCCUAGAAAGCCCGCUAGCUACUCGUCUAAUGAGCCCUCUGGCCAGCCCUAUGAAGAAGGCCAUUUCAACCAUGCAAACUUACCUAGAAGAAGUUGGCCACCUCACCAAGCUUGACCCCCAGGAUGCAUGGCUCCCCAUCACCGAGUCCAACAGUGGUAACGCUUACUACGCCGCGUUCCACACACUCUGUUCGGGAAUCGGUGUUCAAGCACUUGUGCUUCCCCUAGCUUUCACUGCCCUUGGCUGGACUUUGGGAAUCAUAUGUUUGACACUAGGCUUUGUUUGGCAACUAUAUACCCUAUGGUUACUCAUCCAACUACAUGAAUCGCAGCCUGGGACUCGCUACAGCCGAUACCUUCGCCUCUCAAUGGCUGCUUUUGGUGAGAAGCUAGGAAAGUUCCUAGCUCUAUUUCCAACCAUGUAUCUAUCAGGUGGUACCUGCGUUGCCCUAAUCAUGAUCGGAGGUGGGACCAUGAAGACAUUCUACCAGGUGGUGUGUGGGACCACCACAUUAACAACCACUGAGUGGUACCUGCUUUUCACUUGCUCCGCUGUCGUCCUGGCUCAGCUUCCUAACUUGAAUUCUAUCGCCGGAGUUUCCUUAAUCGGUGCAAUCACAGCCGUCAGUUACUGCACUCUUACAUGGGCCGUCUCCGUCGCCAAAGGUAGGCCCAUGGGCGUCUCCUAUGGCCCACCACCACUUGAGGCACAAUCCCAAGAAGCUAGGCUUUUUACCAUUCUCAAUGGCCUUGGUGUAAUUGCUUUUGCUUUCAGAGGUCACAAUCUUGUUCUUGAGAUACAGAGUACAAUGCCUUCAAGUCUAAAGCACCCAUCGCGUUUACCAAUGUGGAAAGGAGUGAAGUUUUCAUAUUCAAUUAUCGCACUAUGCUUGUUUCCACUGGCAAUAGGAGGUUACUGGGCUUACGGAAACUCUAUACCUGCAAAUGGAGGGAUGUUGAGUGCCUUGUACAAGUACCACGGACAUGACACCUCAAAAUUUAUUCUGGGAUUGACAAGCCUAUUCGUUGUGAUUAACAGCUUGACCUCGUUCCAGAUAUAUGCAAUGCCAGUUUUCGACAACCUCGAGUCCAGAUACACUAGCAAUAUGAACAGACCAUGUCCGCGGUGUCUACGAACAGCUUUUCGUAUCUUCUUCGGAUGCCUGGCAUUCUUCAUAGCUGUUGCAUUCCCUUUCUUGCCGAACUUGGCAGGUUUGAUCGGAGGGAUCGCGUUACCGGUCACGUCAGCCUAUCCUUGUCUCAUGUGGAUAAUGAUCAAGAAGCCCAGGAGAUACAGCACAACGUGGUGUCUGAAUUGGGCACUCGGAUGCCUAGGGAUGGUCCUGAGCAUUCUGUUGGUCUUCGGAGGAAUAUGGACCAUCGUGACUCCCGGCAUUGAUGUUCACUUCUUCAAGCCAGAGUGAUAACCAUCAAAAAGAAGAUACAAACCCUAUUUAUGUACUGGCUAAAUGUAAAAAGUGGUCACACACCACAAAUCUGACGCAAGUAUUCUUGUAAACUAAUGUGAUAAUAAUAUCUGGAAAUU